AUGGUCAAGGCUGAAUCCUCUCGCAACCCAGCAACUCCUGCAGGAGUGAUUACAAGGGAGGAGUUCGACCAGCUGAGGGGCCAGCUCGACGCUCAGGUGGAGGCCUUAAAGGCCAAAUGUGAGCAGAAAGAAGGUCCACUGAACGAUGGCGACUUGGGAGAAUCGCCCUUCACCUCGGACGUUUUGGAAGCACCGAUCCCUCCGAAGUUCAAAGCUCCUACCGUGAAACCUUAUGAUGGGUCGAAGGACCCCAAGGAUUAUGUUGAGGUCUUUGAAAGCCUCAUGGAUUUCCAAGCGGCAUCAGACGCAAUCAAAUGUCGCGCCUUUCGGAUCGCGCUUACUGGCAGCGCGCGAUUGUGGUAUCGGAGACUGCCAGCCARGUCGAUCUCGACCUACUCUCAGCUGAGAAGGGAGUUCCUCGCCCMGUUCUCUUCUCGGCAUUAUGACAAAAAGACAGCRACCCAUCUCGCCACCAUCAGACAGAAGGAGGGUGAGACGCURCGAGAAUAUGUCACCAGAUUCCAGGAGGAGCAAUUGAAGGUCGCACACUGCUCCGAUGACUCGGCCAUGUGCUAUUUUCUCACCGGUCUAGCCGACGAAGCCCUCACGGUGAAACUUGGAGAGGAGGCCCCGGCCACCUUCGCCGAGGUGCUUCAGAAGGCGAAGAAAGUCAUCGACGGACAGGAGCUCCUCCGAACCAAAACCGGCCGACCAGAACGAAAGAUCGGCCGGGGCAGAAGUGGAAAAGAUAUAGAAAAUGCAGAUCCCAAGUCUAAGGACAAGGGAUCCUUUUCCAGUGGCCGAGCUGAGUAUCGAAGGGCGGAGAACGGACCUACCAGAAGCCGGCCUUACGAACGCUUCACCCCGACCACGAUUCCAAUUUCCGAGAUCCUAACGAACAUCGAGGAGUCUGGAAUGGAAAAACUACUCAAACGUCCUGAGAAGCUUCGGGGAGCCCCGGAGAGGCGCAGCAAGGACAAGUAUUGCCGCUUCCAUCGGGAGCACGGCCAUAACACGUCGGACUACUGGGAGUUGAAGCGCCAAAUUGAGAAUCUAAUUCAAGAUGGCUACUUCAAGAAAUUUGUGGGAAAGCCCAGAACCAGCUCGGCAGAAAAAAAGGAAGAGCGGAAGCGUUCGAGGACGCCGCCCCGGCGCACUGACCGACCUGCAGUCAUCAAUACCAUUUUCGGAGGGCCAAGCGGAGGUCAGUCCGGACGUAAAAGAAAGGAGUUAGCUCGUGCAGCCAGGCGCGAGGUGUGCAUCAUCAGGGAGCAAAGGCCGACCUGCCCAAUCACCUUCGACGGUGCAGACUUGGAGGAGGUCCACCUGCCCCACAAUGAUGCACUUGUGAUCGCUCCUUUGAUUGAUCAUGUGGUGGUCAGSAGGGUGCUGGUAGACGGAGGCACAUCUGCUAACAUCCUGUCCUUACCGACCUACCUCGCCCUGGGAUGGACGAGGUCACAAUUGAAGAAAAGCCCGACACCGCUGGUUGGGUUCUCUGGAGAAUCGGUCAUCCCAGAGGGUUUCAUCGACUUGCCGGUCACGCUUGGGCAGGACCAAACUCAGGUCACCCAAAUGGCCGAGUUCGUGGAUCGAGCCAUUAGAAAAAAUUGGAGAAUAAGUUAUCAAUUGAGAGGAAAGUUAGAGCAAAAAGGGGAGCUUAAUUCAGCCAAAUCAGCGCCCAGUGCCAUCAUCUAG